UCGCGCAGCGCGUUUGGCCCCCGCGGGGUGCCGUAGGCGGUGUGACGUAGGGCCCUGGGUUCCCCAUUGGCGGAUUCAAUAGUCGCGGGCUACUUGAACGGUGGGAGCGGAGCGGGCUGGAGGAGCUGCCCGUAGCGCGAGCCCCCCUCUCUCCCGGGCACCCCAGUAGCGCGGCGCCGGGUGCCCGCCGAGCUCCGACCCCCUUGGUGCACGCGGCUGCGGAGCCCCCCCCGGCGCUGGGACGAUGCUGACGGGCGCCGCUGACCCGGAGCAGGAGAACCAGGAGAAUGUGCCCCCCGGCGGCAAAGCGCGGCCGCCCGCCGCCGCCCUCGGGGCCCGCCCGGUGCUGGCGCUGCUGCGGGGCAACCAGCGCCGCCCGACCCAGCAGCAGGCUGCUCUUGCUCCCGCACCCUGGAGUAUUAAUGAUGAAAACUAUGGCAAGGUUCCAGCUGGAAAAGCGGGUAACAAACAACCUGCUUUUGCCAUCCAUAUGGAUGAGCCUGAUGGGGAGAGACGAAAGAGGCAAGUGGCUCCUAAAAAGGCUGUGUCCCAUGAAGGGGUCCUAGGCUUAAAUACAGCUGUAACGUCACUGGGAGAUAGAAAACCCUUGGCACCCAUAGAAAAUCCAAUGGAUCUUAGUUUUGAUUCCCCAAGUAUUAUGGAUAUAUCAAUAACUCAAGAAGUAGAAGAAAAAGUAAAUGUUAACCAGGUGCCAGACUACAUCGAAGACAUCUACACAUAUCUUAGGGAAAUGGAGGUAAAAUGCAAGCCUAAAGUGGGUUACAUGAAGAAGCAGCCUGAUAUAACAAACAAUAUGCGAGCUAUUCUGGUGGACUGGCUGGUGGAAGUUGGAGAAGAAUAUAAAUUACAGAAUGAAACUCUGCACUUAGCUGUAAACUACAUUGAUAGAUUUCUUUCUUCGAUGUCUGUGCUGAGAGGGAAGCUUCAGCUUGUGGGGACUGCAGCCAUGCUGCUAGCAUCGAAGUUUGAAGAAAUCUACCCUCCUGAAGUAGCAGAGUUUGUUUACAUCACAGAUGAUACCUACACCAAGAAACAGGUCCUAAGAAUGGAGCACUUAGUGUUGAAAGUCUUGUCAUUUGACUUGGCAGCUCCAACAAUAAACCAGUUCCUCACUCAGUACUUCCUACACCAGCAGACCAAUCUUAAAGUGGAGAAUUUAUCAAUGUAUCUGGGGGAGCUGAGUCUAAUUGAUGCUGACCCAUACUUGAAAUACUUGCCAUCACUUAUUGCUGCUGCAGCAUUUCAUCUAGCAAGCUAUACAAUCACUGGACAAACCUGGCCUGAAUCUCUGUCCAAAAUGACAGGAUAUACCCUUGAAAGCCUUAAGCCUUGUCUCAUGGAUCUCCACAAGACCUACCUCAGAGCAGCACAACACACACAACAGUCUAUAAGAGAGAAAUACAAGAAUACAAAGUACCAUGGAGUAUCGUUCAUUGAUCCACCAGAGACGCUAAAUUUAUCAUAACAAUCAAGAGACUCUUAAAAUGUGUAUUAUACUUGCAAACAAUGUACAGUUUUAACUCUGGUAAAUAUUUUAGAUGUCUUACAAUCAUUUCAGAAUACCACAUGUGGUGCAACUUGAAAUUAUGAAGUUUUAGUUUUAUAUGGUUUUAAUGUAAAUCUUUUUGUACAUGCAAUCUUGUUCUAAAUAUUUAGCUGGAGCUCUUUUAUAAAGCUGUUCUGUUCAAGUAUUGAAUUAACCAUGAUGGUGAACUGUUAAUGUUAGUUCUAAAACUGUCCAAUUAAGGAGCAGUACAUAAAAUGGGGAUUUUAACUUUGAGUGACUGAAAGGCCAAGUUCUAAUUCCAGUUGUGCUGAACAAAUUACAAACUUGACAACUGUUUGUGUCAACACAAGAUGCUACUAAGGUUUAAUUUCAUCUGAAUUUAGAUCCAAUCUUUGGCUUAACUGUCAUACCCCUAGAACUUUAUAUAAUAAAAACCACUUUGAAGAAAUUCAACUGACUUUAGUAGCUGGCAGGAUUUAAUAGGACUUGCUUCAAAAGCAGGCUUUUCAAAUUUAGUGCUCAAACUAUCAAGUAGUGGUCUCCAAAGCAGCCAUCAGAUAGCUAGAACUAAAACUACUGAAGUGUCCUCUUGUGUGAACAGAAAUGACACCUAAGUGAUACAAGUAAAAGUUCAUGCAGCAUUUUUAGUAAAACUUUAGUUUCUCUAAAAGCUUCCCUCUAGUCAAAUUUCCAUUACUACUGCUCUACCUCCCACUUGCUUUCCUAGCAGAGUGGUAGCAAACUACAGCAGGGAAAGUGGCCACUGGCACUACACCCUCCACAGGGGGAAGAGAAUAAUACAGCUGACCACCACAGCCUGAGACAUGCUAUGGAUGAGUUAUAGCUAGAGUGACACUGAAUUCAGAACAGCCCAUUUGGCAGGCUUUUAUGCAGUGGAAAUCCUAGUCAGUGUCAGGUUUUUAAUUAGUCUUCUGCUUAAGUUGUAGCACUCUGCCAGUAAUGGGGUAGUUAAACUUUACAGUUAAAUCAAACUGACCUUUAUCCUCUUGUAAACUUGUAUAAGCACAGUAUAUCGUGAGCAGUGUUAAAAGUGUAAAGCAGGAACAGGGUUUAAAAGGAAAUCUGCAAGUCUGGCAAAUAAACAUCCUGUACUAAAGCUGAUGGCAGUGGUAUUGCUUAUCUUAAUCUGUGUAGAUCACUGUAGCUGACUUGCAAUGAGUUUGAUAUCACUGAUUCCAAUUUAAAAGUGGGACUGCUUUUUUUUUCCCCAUAAAGCAGGACUUAACUGUUUCUAAACUUAGCCCAAGAAAUAAAUACAUAGGAGUGAAAGCAAAUUCCUUUCUGAAUCUAACAUGACACUUUACCUUGUUUUAAACUAUAGCUUAACUCUAGCAUCUAAUCCAAAACUGACAACUGCCCCACUGGUCAUCUUGACCCAAAUUGUGUUCUAACUCAUUUCAAUUGUUUAAAUAUAGAACAGCUAGCUUCCUCUACCAAGCAAAACCAUUCUCUUUGACCCUAUGAGUCUGACUAUGCCAGCCUGGCCAUGAAAUGCAUUCUGGUCUUUAAAAGACAGGUACGAAGCUGCUUGGGAGGCCUGCUCCUAGGUUUGACUGAAUCAACUGAUUUAAGGUAGGGGUGAAGGGUGGGGAUGGGUAAGGGAAGUAGAAAUGGAGGGCAGGCUUGGUGCUAUGAAUUUCCUUUAAGCUUCCCCAGGGGUGCUUGACCAUACCUCCACUGGACCUAUGGAAACAAGGUGACCAUAGCCUAAAGUACAGGGGGGAUUAUAUUAAUGACCCUCCAAAGAUUAACAGGUUAAAGUCUCUUUGCCACAAGUCUGGAAAUAAGUCUGUCUACAUGCAGGAGUGUACACACUAGCAUGUUCCAGCACCAUGUGUCCCAAUUACUGUAUCGCCACCAGCCUUAACUUUCAUAGGCUGUUCUUGAAAUGCUCUAAAAUAUACUCAUUUGAUAUCUUUAUCUUUUGGUUUAGGAGUGUCUUUGGCUCAGGUUCCUGAGCUAACAACUGCUUGUUUUUUCUAAAAGGUUCCUCUAGGAUAUAGACUCUUCCCCCACCCCAUCUUGCAUUGAAAAAAAGGACUGGUAUUAUACCUCACUAACACUGCUAGAUUUGACAGUGUGUAUACAGGCAAGCAGCACAUCCUCAAUCUUUUUUUGUGCACAUUAGUGAUAGGAUAUAGGUAACCUUAAAGCUACAUGAAAAGCAGUUUAACAAUCUUUUCUUUUGAGAAGAAAUGUUACUAUGCCUGUCUGCUUCCUCUUACACUGCUUUUUAUGGAAACAAAACUACCACCCCACUCAAUGCUAUAGCAUACUACCACACCUCUCCACUCAUGUGAGUAGAUGCACUAAGCCUGUUAAGAUUGAGGAACCUCUAAUAUUAGACAGCACAGCUCUGUUCAUGGUACAUCUUUUUCCCCCCCCUUACUUUAUAAUCCCAUCUCUAUUACCCCUUGUCCUUUUCCCUUAAAGUCCUCACAUUUCCUGGUAAAAAGUUUCCAGCAUCUUCUGUCCUUUACCUCAGAUAUAAUGCAUGCAAGGCUGCACUACUAGACCAAAUCUUUCCCUGAGGCAAAAGCAGAUUGUACUGUACGGCAAACAGUAGCUUGUUUGUACAGCCUUUCGCAGAACAAGGUCCAGUUACAGGUUUUUCCUCAACAGAAAAGGUCAACACCAAUGUAGCCUAAGAAGUGGUGGAACAAGAUCCCUGCAAGGAGAAUGCUAGAUCACUGUAAAGAUGAAGUAAACUUUACACAGAGAAAAGAUAGGGUAUGAACCACUGCACUAUGUAUAUAAUUUUUUUACAAUAAUGCUCUACAUUGACUUAAGUGAAACCUUCACUUGCAGCAUCUACAAAACACUGAGUUUGGACCCAUUCAUAUAUUUUACACUAGCCAUUUCUUCCCCAUUUUAAAAAAAAAACCUGAUACUGCAAAUAAACAUGUUGGUGUUCCUUUUAAGAACAACAUUAUUCCCUAAGAGGUCCAUAAAGCUCUGCCAAGAAGCACUUUUUGCUAAGUUUUAAAGGUACAGGGACAAUUAAAUUCUCAGUUUUACUAUAUAUAACUUAUGAACACAUGAAAUAAGAUGCAAGUUAUUUCUACUCUUCUCUUGUAUGGAUUUUCCUGUUUGUCUAUUUCAUCUUCUAAGAUAUCUAAUGAAGCAGUUGAGAUUAAUUUGUCUGAUGCUACUGCAUAGAUCCUUCCUACUUUGUCUCUGUAAGUUCUAGUGUUAUCAGAUAGUUCUUUUUAGACUUGCACUUUAAGAAGUAUUCCUUAAUUUUCAUGAAACAUGGUUAAACUGAUUUGAUUAAAAAUAAACAUUAAGAAAGACUAAGGGCUGUCUCAAUUUCUUGUUUCAGAGUAGCAGCCGUGUUAGUUGGUAUUCACAAAAAGAAAAGGAGUACUUGUGGCACCUUAGAGCCUAACAAAUUUGAGCAUAAGCUUUCGUGAGCUACAGCUCACUUCAUCGGAUGCAUUCAGUGGAAAAUACUGUAUUUUCCACUGAAUGCAUCCGAUGAAGUGAGCUGUUGCUCACGAAAGCUUAUGCUCAAAUAAAUGUCUCUAAGGUGCCACACGUAGUUCUUUUAAUUUCUUAAAAUUUAUAGGGGAGGAAUGUUUGAGUCAUGUUCUUGGUAAAGACAAAGGAGCUGCUUUGUCUACAACCCCCAUCUCUUGCAGACAUGAUCUAAUUAAGUCUCAAUUCCACUGUCACUAAUUCUAUUGAUGUAAAGAGGUACUGGAUGAAGCUUAUGCUUAGAUUGAACAGAAAAUCAAACCAUGCCACUCCAGAACCUUAAUACUUAAAAAUGUAGAGUUGCACUGCCUUAAAAUGAAGUUAAAAGGCUUUAGGAAGAUGCUCUGACGAGAUGGAAGUGUUAAUAUUUACAAAUGUUUUUGCUAAUAGUUUUAAUGUGCAAUUCAAGAGUUUGCUUACAUAUUUAGUUACCACUCUAUUUACCUUCUACUCAAAUGCUGACACUUUUGAAUGUUUAAUUUAUUGCAAGACAAAUGUACACUAUUAUAUAAAAAAUAUACAGAGAAGUAGAUCUCAGUUUCAGAAAUGGGGGGGGAGAAGGAAAACUGAUCUACAAAAAUACAUUCAGUAGCUUAA